CUGCCCACCCAAACGCCGCUUCUCCCGGGCUACGGGUCUCGGCUCCGCACAGAGGGAGAGGAAAUGAGUGCGGCGGCAGCGCCGGCGCCCGAGCGGGGUUGGAAGAGCGAGAAAGUGGACGAGGCUCAGGCCCUGGCGCGGAGUUGUGCAGCCCGCAGACCCGACUUCCAGCCGUGCGACGGGCUCUCCAUCUGUGCCACGCAUAGCCAUGGCAAGUGCUUCAAGCUGCACUGGUGCUGUCACCUAGGAUGGUGUCACUGCAAAUACGUGUAUCAGCCUAUGACCCCCGUGGAACAGCUCCCCAGCACUGAGAUCCCUGCAAAGCCUCAGGAACCCACAAACACCAUUCAGAUCUCAGUCUCCCUCACCGAACACUUCUUGAAAUUUGCGUCUGUCUUCCAGCCGCCCCUGCCCCCUGACUCACCGAGGUACUGUACGAUCUCAGAUCUCUUUAUUGACAACUAUCAGGUGAAAUGCAUCAAUGGAAAGAUGUGUUACGUGCAGAAGCAGCCCGCACCACCAUCCCACAAAACCAGCCCCGAGGAGAUCUCUGCACACGAUGCCUUAAUUUCAAAAGAGAGCAAUACACCAAAAAUCGAUCACUGCUCUUCUCCCUCCAGUUCUGAGGACUCGGGGAUCAAUGCCAUUGGGGCUCACUAUGUGGAGUCAUGUGAUGAGGACACAGAGGAAGGUGCUGAACUGAGCUCAGAGGAAGACUACAGUCCCGAGAGCAGCUGGGAGCCAGACGAGUGCACCCUCCUCUCCCCGUCCCAGUCUGACCUGGAAGUGAUUGAAACAAUAGAAACCACCGUGUGAGAGCUCAGGC